CGUCACCUCAUUGUCACAUCGUUUACUGGAGGAGAUACGGUAAACCUCGAACGUUGAGACCGCGUCGUUGGCAGCGUCUGAGUCAGGGAUAUAUCAUUCAAAGUCUACCAUGGCGGCUGAUGACCUCACCAGAAGGAAGUUCAUCAUCGACACAGACGCCGGCAUCGAUGACGCCCAAGCUAUACUGAUGUGUCUAGCGGCGUCUGACGUCGAUGUCGUUGCUCUGACCACGGUCAAGGGCAACGCUACUGCAGCACAGGUGACCUCAAACCUUCUCCGACUUCUAAAGGCGGCGGACAGAUUGGAGAUCCCGAUCUACAGGGGCUGUGAGGACAUGUUGCUUGGCUGGGAGAAACCCGAUGAAUACAACUAUCACGGCAAGGAUGGGUUUGGAGACGUUCCUGACCCCGACCCACCCAGUCGAGACCGGAUCCAGGCCAAACACGCUGUACAAGCACUGAUUGACAUUACCAAACAAUACCCAGGGGAAAUCAGUCUGGUAGCUCUCGGACCACUGACGAAUAUUUCGAUGGCUAUUCGGAUGGACAACCAGUUCGGCAGCAGAUUGAAAGACUGUUUCAUCAUGGGUGGCAAUUAUAAAGGUGAAGGCAACGUCACACCGAGUGGGGAGUUCAACUUUUACAGUGACCCAGAAGCUGCCUACAUCGUGCUGAACUCCCUGGGAUGCCCCAUCACGCUGACCUGUUGGGAGCUCUGUCUGGACUGUUUCUUUCCCUGGGAGGUUCAUGAAGAAUUGAGAAGCUUUCCGUCGGCAAAAUGCGAGCUCAUGAAGACACUGGAACUUGCCAUAGUAACGGAAUGCAAGAAAGAAGACCGGAAGUACGAGAUGGCAGACGAGAUGGCAAUGGCGUGCGCACUUGAUAAUGACGUCAUCACAAAAAGCCAUGACGUGUACGCAACUGUGGAAUUGCAUGGUCACAUGACCAGAGGUCAGAUGGUUGUUGACUGGCGUAAAGUGCUGGCCAGGAAGCCAAAUGUGAGACUUGUGGUUGAGAUGGACAAAGCAAUGUUGAAGAAGAUGCUCUUGAAAGCAUUCGAGGACUAAUUAUGAGCCUGGCGAACUACCAUAUAUUCUAUCAAACCCGACACCCAUUCGAAUAUAAACAGUUGAUUAUUUUUGUUUGUUAAAAGGUUACGAAUGUAUAUAAAUCACCAAGGCACGCUAAUAUUAAAAAAAACUAACUGUUUAUGUCUUAUUAAAAUAAAAGCAUUAUGAACAUUU